AUGGAUGCCAUGACAGCUGCAAGGACUAAAGCCCCGACCGAGAAUUCAAUAGGAACAAUAAUAAUGCAGAAUAGCGAGUGUGGGAACUAUAAUCGGAGUUACCUUUCCAACGUGACGAUGCUGGUGAAAAAUGCUAGAAUGUUCCUGGAGUUUUACCUAAUCAAAGACCUGGUUCCGGGGGUUAUGAUGGAAAUGGAGUUUCUCAUAAAAAUGCAGAACUCCAUGAAGUAUCAGAAGAUUUUCCAGUACUCCCUGGACAUGUGCAAUAUGUUGGCUCUAAAAAGGAACAACAUGUUCAAGAGAUGGUUCGCCACGUUUUUCAAUUCUGGAAAUUUUAAGAAGAAAUGUCCUGUAGAGCCGAACUGCUAUUACUUGAGGAACUAUAACUACAACACACUUUAUAUUCCAAAAUUUCUGUAUGCGGGAAAAUACCGAGUGAAGUUUACCAUGAACCAGUUUAAGGAUUACGUGCUGGACUGCUCUUUUGAAGUAGAAAUAAAGUAA